AAUAGAACGACGAACUAUGGAUGCCUGUGUGGAAAGUAACGUGAGCGCCGUCAGAAAGAGUAAAGAGGACAAGAAACUUCUCCGAAAGCAAAUUAAAGCCAGUCACACUUUACUGAAACAUGAAGGCAUCAGCACAACACCGCAGCCAACCAAGAGUUUGGUGGUGGCUAAUGGUGGCCUGGGAAAUGGUGUUAGUCGAGAGGAGCUUUCCGCAGUUCUUAACGAAAUGGGCGAGGUGGAGACGCUGAUAAUGCCUCCUCACAAACCUUACACAUUUGUCACAUACAGAUCUGAAGAGAGUGCUCGAAAAGCAGUUGUCCACCUUAAUGGACAGAAGCUUCAAUGUGGAGAGAAUAGUGUGACACUUUAUCUCAGUUAUGUCAGCUCAGUACCCUGUGAGGAACAGAAGUCUGCUUCUCUGCCUCAAGGAUUAGUUUUAGUAGAAGAUUUUGUGUCUCCAGAAGAAGAAGCCCUGUUGCUCACUGCUAUAGACUGGUCGUCCACUGAUGGUGAUGUUAGUGCUCAAAAGGCCCUGAAGCACAGAAGAGUCAAACAUUAUGGCUUUGAAUUCCGCUAUGACAACAACAAUGUGGAUAAGGAUAAGCCUUUACCUACAGGUCUUCCUGAGGAGUGUCUCCCUGUUCUGGAGCGGUGUUUGAGGAACAGACACAUCAACACUGUGCCAGACCAACUGACUGUCAACCAGUAUGAGUCUGGACAGGGUAUCCCUCCUCAUGUGGACACUCACUCUGCCUUUGAGGACACCAUUCUGUCACUGAGCCUCGGUGCAAAGACGGUGAUGGAAUUCCGUCACCCUGAUGGUCGUCUUGUUCCGGUUGUGUUGCCAGGACGGAGUCUCCUGGUGAUGAAGGGAGAGAGCAGAUACCUCUGGACCCACGGGAUUACUCCUCGGAAGUUUGAUAUGGUGCCAGCCUGCGACCCACAAUCCCCUGCUCACACAGCAUCUGAUGUCGGGAUUAAUAGCAGUCUUACCUUGAGCAAGAGGGGCACCCGCACUUCUUUCACCUUCCGCAAGAUCAGACACGAACCCUGUCACUGUGCCUUUCCUUCAUCCUGUGACAGUCAAAGAGCUCUCUCAGCACCAUCUCCCCCCUCACGUCCCUGUUGCCAUGCCGAUGCAACUCGUCUGGAGGAGGAGUAUGUGCACCGGGUGUACGAUGCCAUUGCCUCCCACUUCAGCAGCACUCGCCACUCCCCCUGGCCUCGUGUUUGCCAUUUUCUGUCCUCGCUCCCACCUGGCAGUGUGCUAGCCGAUGUGGGCUGUGGAAAUGGCAAAUACUUGGGUGUAAACCCGGAGGUGACAGCUAUCGGCUGUGACCGAAGCAGUGCUCUCGUUCAAAUCUGCGCGGAGCGCGGUUUCCAAGCAUUUGUAUCUGAUGCUCUCGGUGUGCCUCUGCGAACAGCUUCCUGUGAUGCCUGUAUUUCCAUAGCUGUCAUACACCAUUUCUCCACACAGGAGCGUCGGCUGGCAGCAGUGAGGGAGCUGGUGAGACUGUUGAAGCCUGGAGGUCAAGCGCUCAUUUAUGUGUGGGCUUUUGAACAAGAGUACAAGAAACAAAGGUCCAAAUACCUGAAGGAACAGAACAAAGAGCAUCCCGAUGAACACCUUGGCUCCAUCUGUGAUGGACAAAAUCCUCAUGUUCAUGGCAUGCAAGAUGUUAACAAAGUAACUGAUGGCAAACUUAGUGUGCACACCAACCGCACAGCCUUCAACACCCAGGAUCUGUUGGUGCCCUGGCAUCUGAAAGAAGGGAAAAGGCGAGGCGCAGAUGAAUCACGAGAGAGUGGAAAAGAGAAUUUAAGGAAAGAGAAGCCCACAAAGGCUUCAGAUAACUCUGGUUUACCCUCUAGUUUGAGUUCCAAAACCAGAUUAGACUGUGACCAUGCACUCAGCCCAGGUUUUGGCUCCAACACGUCCAGUGAUACCACUCACAGUCCAGAAGCGAAACCCAGUGAUAACACAUCACACUCAUCCAGUUCUCCUCUUCGACCAGAAUCUGAGGGCAGCCCAAAGCCAGUCUUCCACCGCUAUUACCAUGUGUUCCAGCAGGGGGAGCUGGAGCAGCUGUGUGGUCAGAUUGCUGGAGUCACAGUACAGAGUAGUUAUCACGAUCAGGGAAACUGGUGCAUUAUAUUAGAGAAAGACAGAUGAACUAACAUACACACACACACACAUAUGAUAUAUAGUUUUUAUUUCAGCUACAUAUUCAUUAUUAAUGCCAUGUAAAUAAAAAUGUAAUUUGGUUUAAUGUCGAAGAAAAUAAUUCGCUUUUACAACUUAUCAAUAAACUAAUUAAGUCUCAAACCUCUGCUUUAAGUAAUUACUAUGAUCUGCAUUCUGUUCCACAAUACAUGCCUCAUAAUGUUAAAUGUUGUGUUUCGGCAAAAAUAAAUAAAUUGACAUAUCAAAGUGUCCUGUGCUGUAUAGUAGAUGAUCAGCAGUCAUGAUUACCUCACUGUUAUGUCUUCCCUGAAUUCAUGAAGCUGUAAUUAAACUGUGUGUGUGCACUUAUUGUGUCUA